AUAAUAUUAAAAAUCUUGUUAAAAGUUAUGAUUUUGAUGACCAGACUGCUCUUGCUCUUAUCGAUGCUGUGUACUUCAAGGAUAAUUGAAAACAUAAAUUUGAGCUUAAUGAUGCAGUAUCACAAUUGUUUCAUGUUAACAAAACAUAAUCCAAAGAAGUGCCAACAAUGACCCAGACUGUUAAAGUCAAUUACAAUGAGCUAAAAGAUCUUGAUGCAAAAAUAGUUGAGCUUCCUUAUGAGAUGCCAAAAGAAGCUGGACAAAUGUCCAUGUUUGUUACUGUUCCAAAUAAAAUUGAUGGAUUAAAAAAAAUUGAAGAAAAUAUUUCGAAAUUAAAUUUGCAAACAUUGUACAAUACUUUUACUCAAAAAGCUACCAUUGCUUUGCCAAAAUUUAAAAUUCAAACGAAAAUUGAUCUAAAAAAUUAUCUGAUGAAGAUGGGAGUCAAUGAAGCAUUCACUAAUGCCGCUGAUUUUACUGGUAUUAUUAAUGAAGAAGGAACAGAAGCAGUUGCUGCAACUCGAAUGUUUUAA